AAAAUGCGCUCCUUCUUCCAGUUCGUCACGACGCCCACGGCCGACACGCCUGGCACCACGCUUCUGUUGCACUUCGAUAACAAACGUUACUUGAUUGGAAACAUUGCCGAAGGCACUCAGAGGGCCUCGAUCGAACAAAAGGUCCGCCUGCUGAAGGUGUCUGAGAUCUUCUUGACCGGAAACACGUCCUGGGAAAAGACUGGCGGCUUGAUCGGCAUGAUCUUGACACUGGCCGACGCCGCCGCCUCUAGUGCUCAGGCUAGUCUGCUGGAAACAAAGAAGAAGCUGCUGAACAGGCUAGAAAGAGAGGGCGCUGCUCGCGAGGUCAAGGAUAGAGUGCGGCUUUCCAUAUUCGGUGGUCCUAAUCUCAACUACACUCUGGCUACUGCUCGUCGUUUCGUCUUCCGUAAGGGAAUGCCUGUAGAUGUACACGAGUACGGUCAUGCCACUACUCAGUCUACCCCCUUGUCCGAUCCUACAUGGUCAGACGACAAUGUCCAAGUGUGGGCAUUGCCUGUUUCUCCUUCCCCGAAGACGUCAAGCGGUUCGAGUAGUCCGCGAAAGCGUAGCUAUGAUGAGCUCAACGGCCGGGAAAUUCUGUCAUCUCGUCCAUCGCUCAACCAGACGGACAAGGAAAGAGCUCUGAUGAUGUCAAAAUCGGUGGUUUCGGAAAUGUUCGAUUCCUCGUGGCGAAUGGACGCGCUUGUCGAGACACCCAUCAACCAAGUCCAGAUGCCUGCUACUCUUUUCGUUCGUAAUCCCCAAGACCACAAGAUUGUCAAGUACACUGGCCCUAUGCCUGGGGGCAAACAGCCUGUUCCGGACAUUACAGUCCUGGUCCGCAAACCUUGGCCUGGAGCUCUUAUUGAAUCUCUCCCACCAGCCGAGCCCGUAAAGGUAGCCAUGUCCUACAUAUUCCGCAACCACGUCCAGCGAGGCAAGUUCCAACCACAACGUGCCAAGGAGCUAGGUGUUGAGAAAGGGCCCAAAUGGGCAGCUCUUGGUAAGGGCCAGAACGUUGAGAACGCCAAAGGAGAAACAAUAACUCCAGAUAUGGUGUUGGGUGCAAGCAAGCAAGGUGGAGGUGCGGCAAUCGUCGACCUCCCCUCUUCCGAAUACGUCGAGGCCUUGGUCUCACGCUCUGAAUGGAAGUCCAGCGAAAUUAUGGCGGGUGUUGGCGCCUUCAUUUGGAUGCUUGGUCCAGGCGUUGCAUCACACCCAAUGCUCAAGCAGUUCAUGGAAGAGAUGAAACACAUGAGGCACGUCGUCUCUUCUCCAGAACUCUGUUCGAACAGACUGUCUCUCGAUUCUGCCGCGUCCGCUACUGUGAGAUUGAGUCAAAUCGACCCUACACGUUACAAUACCCCUGUGCAUGACAACAAGUCUGCCUCGCAGGCACUCGAGUCUUUGGGUGGACUGAAGGAUCUUGUGUCAAUCGCUGAUCGCGGGCAAAAGAUACAGUUGGAACCAUCGAUCGAAGUUCAGGACAACGAGAUCAACACUUUGCUAGAUGCGGACGCAGUAAGGGCAGAAAUGUCGAAAGACGUUCUUGAUCUGGCGGUAAAAGCUCGCGAGGAAGUGAAAGCUGCCAAGCAAGAACUGGAUGCUUGGGCAGACAGCCUUCCACAGAAAGAUGUCGAGAUCACAACACUGGGAACUGGUUCAGCUUUACCUUCCAAGUACCGCAAUGUUUCUGCGACACUUGUACGUGUACCAGGCUGGGGUUCUAUGCUUCUCGACGCCGGCGAAAACACUCUCGGCCAACUGAGACGUGUCUAUGCCCCUGAAGUGCUCGACGAGAUAAUGAGGGAGCUUCGGGUGAUUUGGAUUAGCCAUAUGCAUGCGGACCACCAUCUUGGCACCGUCUCAGUCAUCCGAGAAUGGUACAAGGUGGUGCAUGGAUCACAACGGGCGGCAACAUGCUCGCCAGCAGAUGAUGCCGACUUUGACGCAGGAGCUCUGUUCAGCAACCAAGACCGCCUAUCCGUCAUCUCAGAGUCGGCAAUGUUGCACUGGCUUGAAGAGUACAGUCACGUCGACGACUAUGGCUACUCACGUCUGGCACCUUUGUGCCUCACUCCCAACUUUCCUCAAAAGAACAUCCAGUCGAGCCUUCACUGGUUCAUCCCUCCAUCCUCGACACAAGUGUUGCCACAAGCUCUGAAUCUUCAAGACAUCCAGUGUGUCCAAGUUCAGCACUGUCACGGUGCUCGAGCUGUUUCUGUUACCUUCCCUUCGGGCUUCAAGGCUUCUUACUCUGGUGAUUGCCGUCCUUCGAAGCCAUUUACUCAAAUCGGUCAGGGCAGUACUGUGUGCAUCCACGAAGCCACCUUCGAUGACGAGCUGCAAGGCGAUGCCGAAGCAAAGAACCAUACCACUACGAGCGAAGCUCUGAGCGUGGCUCUUGGAAUGGGAGCAAAGGCUUGUGUGUUGACCCAUUUCAGUCAGCGAUACCAGAAGGUUCCCGUCCUCGAAUACACUGAAGGAGAGGACGCUAUCCAUGACAUGAAGGUCUGCGUUGCGUUUGACUACAUGCGAGUCAAGGUCGGACAGAUUGCAGAGAUGGAAAAGUACACAGACACACUUGUUGCCCUGUUCGCAGAAGAAGAGUCUGAAGAAAAUAAGCCGGAACCGCCAAAGAAGAAAGGCAAAGGCGGAAAGACACAGCGUAACAACUAAACUGCUUAGAUCAUCCUCAUAGACGUUUACUGUAUAUAUUGAAACUCCACUAUUCGUUCGUUAUCGUCAACCUUGCGGAAGGAGCUCACAUGCACGUUGUCUGAUGUUGAGUGGAAACCCCGUUUGUUGCAAGAAGCUGCCCAUCACGACAAACAGCGAGAGGACAACUCAGAGCGAGUGCGAGAGACACUCGUGACACGUGGCCCAAUCGAGCUAGAACCAGGCAGCGCGUGCCGAGAGACUGACC